UUAAAAAUAAGUUUGUUUAUAACCUAGAUGUUGCCAUGGCCAUGGACGGAUUUUUUGUAACAAAACAUUCGUAAUUGAUCAAACAAGUACUUAAAUAUCACAAUAAUCAGUAACAUUAUAUAUCUAAUUAUCAAUUGAAUUAAUUAACUUUGAAUUAAUUGUUGCGAUAUUUUUUAGAGAUUUACAAAAAGUCAAAAAUAAAUAGGUAAUAAAUAUCUAGGAUAAAAUGUUCAAAAAUACAUUUCAAAGUGGGUUUUUAUCGAUUUUAUAUUCGAUUGGAAGUAAACCUCUACAAAUAUGGGACAAAAAAGUACGUAAUGGCCACAUAAAACGUAUUACCGACAACGAUAUUCAGAGUUUAGUACUUGAAAUACUUGGUAGUAAUGUAAGUACUACGUAUAUAACAUGCCCAGCUGACCCAAGAAAAACUCUGGGAAUAAAACUGCCGUUUUUAGUCAUGAUUAUCAAGAAUUUAAAAAAAUAUUUUACAUUUGAAGUUCAAGUAAUUGAUGACAAAAAUGUACGUAGAAGAUUUCGUGCGAGCAAUUAUCAGUCAACAACUCGCGUAAAACCUUUCAUAUGCACGAUGCCAAUGAGACUUGACGAUGGAUGGAAUCAAAUCCAAUUCAAUCUUGCAGACUUUACCCGCCGUGCUUACGGAACAAAUUAUGUCGAAACAUUACGUGUACAAAUCCACGCUAAUUGUCGUAUACGUCGUGUUUAUUUCUCUGAUAGACUGUAUUCCGAAGACGAAUUACCGGCAGAAUUUAAAUUAUUCUUGCCAAUACAAAAUAAAGCUAAAUGUUAA